GUCGGUGGCGUGCUGAGUACUUCCGUAUUUAUUGUACAAUCCCGGGCACCUUGCAACUUUCAUCUCCAUUCUGCACAGCAACACUGGGCAACCAGGUUGCCCACUGAUCCAGGUUGCCCACUGAUCCAGUUUGCCCCUUGCCCACUGAUCCAGUUUGCCCCUUCAUCCUGUUUGCCCCCCUGACCCAGCUUGCACCGUCUUACUCGCUCUUCCCUCGGACGCAGAAUGUCGCAGUGGUACGAACUACAGCUGCUGGACUCCAAAUUUCUGGAGCAGGUUGACCAGCUCUAUGAUGAUAGCUUUCCAAUGGAGAUCAGGCAGUAUCUUGCACAGUGGCUGGAGGCGAAAGAUUGGGAGCAUGCUGCCAGCAAUGAUUCAAUGGCCACCGUGCUGUUCCAUGACCUGUUGACACAAUUGGAUGACCAGUAUAGCCGCUUUGCCUUGGAGAAUAAUUUCCUACUUCAGCAUAAUAUCAGGAAAGUGAAACGUAACCUUCAGGUUCACUUCCAAGAGGACCCCAUCCAAUUGGCACUAACCAUAUCACACAGCCUUAAAGAGGAAAAGAAAAUCCUAGAAAAUGCUAUGAAAGAUGAAAAGAAUCAUAUCGGUUCUCUCCUGAAUAAUAUAAUUCUGGACAAGCAGAAGCAGCUAGAUCAGAAAGUGAAGACAGUAAAGAGCAGAGUUCAGGAAAUUGAACAAGAAAUAAAAUCUCUUGAAGAUCUUCAGGAUGAAUUUGAUUUCCGAUCUAAGACAUUGCAUAGUCGAGAGCACGAAGUAAAUGGGUUGGCUCAAAAUGAGAUUAAACAAGAAAAAGUCCACCUCCACAACAUGAUGCUAAAGUUGGAUAUAAAAAGAAAGGAAGUAAUUAAUGAAACUGCCAGCCUACUGAAUGAAGUGGAACAAAUUGAAGGGCUUUUGAUCAAUGAAGAGCUGGUGGAAUGGAAAAGGAGACAACAGGUUGCAUGCAUUGGAGGACCACCAAACACCUGUCUUGACCAGCUACAGCAUUGUUUCACAUUGCUGGCAGAGAGCUUGCAGCAGGUUCGGCAACAAUUAAAGAAAUUGGAAGAAUUGGAGCAGAAAUAUUCGUAUGAAGGUGACCCUAUUACUCAAAAGAAGCAAUUCCUGGAAGAAAGAUACGAUACUUUGUUCAUCACUCUUAUUAAAAGUUCCUUUGUGGUGGAGAGACAGCCUUGCAUGCCAACCCACCCACAGCGACCCAUGGUUCUAAAGACUGGUGUGCAAUUCACUGUGAAAUUGAGGCUCUUGGUAAGACUGCCAGAAUUAAAUUAUCAGCUGCGUGUAAAAGCAUCCUUUGACAAAGACGUCAUUGAAAAGAGUUCUGUGAAAGGAUUUAGGAAAUUCAACAUCCUAGGAACUAAUACAAAAGUGAUGAAUAUGGAGGAGUCGACCAACGGAAGCUUGGCUGCUGAAUUCCGGCAUCUGCAACUGAAAGAACAGAAAAAUACUGGAAGUAGAACAACAGAAGGUCCCCUCAUUGUAACCGAAGAACUUCAUUCAAUCAGCUUUGAGACACAAUUCUGUCACCAGAGCCAGCCAAUUGAUCUGGAGACGACAUCAUUGCCUUUGGUAGUAAUAUCGAAUGUUAGCCAACUUCCCAAUGGCUGGGCCUCCAUCUUGUGGUAUAACAUGCUCGUUAGUGAGUCUAAGACCUUGGGUUUCUUUUCCAACCCCCCAGCUGCCACAUGGGGUCAGCUCUCUGAGGUAUUAAGUUGGCAGUUCUCCUCCGUCACCAAGCGUGGCCUUAACAGUGAACAACUCGACAUGCUUGAAGAAAAGUUGCUAGGUCCAAAUAACUGUUUCAGUGAGAACUUAAUUCCAUGGACAAGAUUCUGCAAGGAGAACCUAAAUGAAAAGACUUUCUCAUUCUGGCUCUGGAUUGAAGGGAUUUUGGAGCUAAUAAAAAAGCAUCUUCUACCUCUUUGGAAUGACGGGUGUAUCAUGGGAUUUGUGAGCAAGGAGAAAGAACGGGCUUUGCUGAAGGACAGGCUGCAAGGCACAUUUCUGCUGCGGUUCAGUGAGAGCAGCAGAGAAGGUGCCAUUACUUUUACCUGGGUGGAAAUGGUGUCAAAUGCAGAGUCGCAGUUUCACUCUGUGGAACCAUACACCAAGCAUCAGCUGUCAGCUGUCACCUUCCCAGAUAUCAUUCGCAAUUACAAAGUAAUGGCAGCUGAAAAUAUUCCUGAAAAUCCUUUGAAGUUUUUGUACCCUGCCAUCUCCAAAGAUCAGGCAUUUGGAAAGUAUUACUCCAGGCCAAAAGACCCUUCAGAGCCUAUGGACGUGGAUGACGCCAAAGCAAGUGGUUAUAUAAAGACCGAACUGAUUUCAGUUUCUGAAGUUCAUCCUUCUAGACUGCAAUCACCAGAAAAUCUUCUCCCCAUGUCCGUAGAUGUUUUUGGUGAAUUAACACGACAAUUGAGUCCUUCAGAUAUUGAUUCAGUGUUGUGUACAGCUUACCCAAAUUAGCCAGGAGAAUUCUUCACACCAAUGGAUCCAAAAUUAUGGCAAAACUUGGUACUUUCGACACAAGUACAAAACUCUUGCGAUGUAAAUGGUGGUGCUUUUCAGCAUAAAGGGUGAAGCUGCUGUGCAAUCUGUUGUAAUGUUUUAGUUACACUGCUAGAAAAUUUGAUGUACAUGAACAGUAAAAUGCUAAAUUAAAGAGUGACUUUUUUCUUGAUGUUGACAUAAGCACCCCUGGUUUUGAAGAUGGCUCGGUCGGGCUCAUUGAUCAACCUCCAUCCUCUUAUAGCUUUGCCUUUCCUCCUCUACCUCCAAACUCUAAUUUUCAAUCUCUUGCGAUUCCCUCCAGGACCCAAAGGAUGGGUGUAUUUUAGUCCAUAGACAAGAUGUAGAUUUAAAGGUAAUUGUGAGGAAUCCAAUGUCUCUCUCUGCAAAGUUAAAAUUCAGUUUUUUUCACCAUACUUUAAGUAGAAUUCUGUUUAGAUGAGAUUCAAGUGAAUUUGGACCUGUACUGUUGACCUGCGCUCCUCUUUAUAUCACGUUUGAAUGGAACUUUCUCACAUGGAAGCCAUCUCACUGCUGCACUACAGUUCAAGUUGCUCAUCUUUUAAUUUAGAUGACCCCUCCCAUAGAAGCACAAAGAUAAUUACUUUUGUCCGUAGGAGUCUCAGAACAAAGGUCUGUUUGUACUGCUGCAUUGAUGCAAAAUGCUAAUGCCAUUGCUUGGAGCUCUGCCACUUGACGGUACAUUCAAACACCUGCUCUGCCAUAUUCUUGACUAACCCCUCGUCAGUGCUGGUGGUGGCCCGACUAAACCCUUCACCUCAUCAUUGCUCUCUUACUUUAAAUGUCUUCCCCUUUAAGAAUAAAGGGUAGGCCAUUUAGGACUGCGAUGAGGAAAAAUGUUGUGAAUCUGGAAUUAUCUGCCACAGAAGGCCAAUUCACUGGAUGUUUUCAUGAGUUAAAUAUAGCUCUUAGGGCUAACGGAAUCAAGGGAUAUGGGGAGAAAGCAGGAAUGGGGUACUGAUUUUGAAUGAUCAGCCAUGAUUAUAUUGAAUGUGUGUUGGCUCGAAGGGCCGCAUGGCCUACUCCUACACCCAUUUUCUAUGUUUACUCGCUGUGAAGACAACAUUUCCAUCUAUUCCUUCUGCACAAUACCACUCCCUGUGAAUCAAGAUCAGGGCUGAGACCCUGUACAAAAUGGAUCACUCUCCCAUUCUGUAAGCCAUCACUAUCUGAAGAUGGAUGACAAUGACCAGAUCUAACAUCACCAGCACAGCCUUGGACCAUCUGAUGGAUAGAAGUAUGAGAUUACUUGAUUCCAGCACUGUUCAUGCAACAGUGAUCUCCCACCCUCUUAAGUGCAUUAAUAACAAUAUGGUGCAGGCAUUAUCUUUGAGGUUAGAUGCACUGCUAACCCUGCUUCUGCAGAAUCUCAAAAGCCAUAAACAGGAUACUCAUGAACAUUCGUGCUGGUUGAUUUAUCUAUCCAUUAUGUCCAUUCGGUUUUAUGAUACGUCCCUUUAUUACAUGCAAAAGAAUAGACUCCUGGGGAUCCUUAACUCGACUAAUCAGACUAGCAGAGAAAAAUCUCAGGAAGCCAUUGCUUGAUUACAAAUAAUACUAGAACUCCACAACUAUUAUGCAUAGCAUAUCCAACCUGUAGCAGGAUCUGCAUUGUACUCAAUAGUUAUCACAGAAUCCAAAGAAAGUGUUUUGUGAAAGCAAAUGAACAACCAGGACAGGUUAUGCUUAAAAUUGUACCUAAAACAAAUAAGGCAGCAUCUGCAGAGAGAAACACUUACUGUUUCAGGCCAAAGAACCUUUCAUCAUAUGAAUAUGGCAGUCUUGGAAUUGAGCAGUAGGGACUCACAGCAUUGAUUGGAGUAAUAAACGGUAUUGUAUUGUAUUAUAGGUUUGUAACUUGUUGGAACAUUGAUCAGGGAAUUAGCAAGAGGCCAUUUCCUCAGGCUAGAAAGGAGACCCAGUCUUGGGAUAAGUUCAUGUAGGACUGAGAUGGGAAGGAUGUCUUUAUGGGAAUGUUAACAGUUGCAGUUCUCUGUCCCAGAGACCAGUGGGUGGUCAGUUAUCAAAUGUAUUCAAGAUAGCGAAUAAAUUAUUUUAUAAACUCUUCAUGGGAAUCAUAGGAUAUGGGGGCCAGAUGAAAAGUUGGAUCUUAAUGAGCCAUGAUCAGAUAUUGCAUAGUGGUGAAGCUCCAGGGGCCUUGAAAUACUACCCUUUCUCUAAUCACCAAGAACUUUCCCAAGAGUCUGACCAAAUCUGAACAUGCAUCCUUUUACUUUGCAUUCAGCCAUCUAACCCCAAAUAAAUGAACUUUACUUCUUCUUGUGUAUGGCAUGCACAGCCUACAGUUGUAGGACAACUUGUUUGAUUUGAUUGUGCACACCAGGUUGAUUGCAUUCGUCGAAACAGGACGGACCACGUGAAAGUUGCAAUCUCCCACCCCAUGAACUUUGCUGCAUGACCCACCGAGUUACUCCAGCACUUUGUCCUUUUUAUUUUGUAAACCAGCAUCUGCAGUUCCAUGUGUCGAUAUUCCUCCCUAAAUAUCAAGAGUGACUUGAUUUUUUUUUGACAAUGUAUAAACCAGCGCUAUUUCUGUUUGCCAGGAACCGGGCUUAAAUUAUGGUGUAACAACUUGCUGUGGAAAUUGCUGAUUUUAAUAUUUGCCCUACAAUAAAUAACCUUUAAGUUACUCUUAAUUGUAAAUAUGUAUUUUGCAGUGUUGUGAAGCAGCAUUAAGCAUGCUUUUAUUUGAUAGACUUGACUUCUGUUGCAAACUGAUGACAUGAAUAAAUUGUCUGAUGUUUCCAAGCUGAUGUAAUAAGUCAUACUCAGGGCUUGUGGCUUUGGCAAAACUUACAGAACCAGAUGACUGUCUCAAAGUACUGAUUGGACAGGAGUGCUAACUCACAAGAGUAACAAAUUCAAAAUGCCUGUUAUUUUUGAUGAGUCACCCACAGAAAUGGAAGGACCUGCCAAUGAUUAAUAUCGAAUGUCAUCGUCACUGGUUUUUAAUGUGAAACAUUGUAUCUUGUACAAAAUGCAGCACAUUUAAACUGUUGGCUGACAAUAUAUUCAAUAAACCAAUUUAUACACAU